AGACAAGAGUAAGCGUGCUUUGUAUCAGUUGUGUAGACUAUCGUCCUUUUUAUUUUGGGUAAACUAAGGCGGGAGGGGGGCGGUGCGGCGCGGCAUACACUAUAAGUGGGCUGAAAUGGUCUAACAGAAUAAUUCGCAAUAAAGCCUACCACUUUCUUACGUUUAAAACAGCGCAGGUCAGUGACACAGAACGGACAUAACUGUGUUUAGAUUCAUUCUAAGCGACUAUUUACGACUUACAAAUUAGUUCACAUUAGACAAACACACGAGGGCGCUAAUUACCCAGGAACAACACUUGAGCUCGUAUCUGCACAGGUCUGCCGCUCGCACCACAUCUGUAUACACCCUUAGGACGUGGAUUGAUGGACCUCGACUGAAACUCGGCCGAAUAAGUUUCGCUACGGUACCUGACCUAAACACAAGUAGAACUCGAGGGAUGACAGCGACGGCGGGCUGGUGAGGGACCAACAGGCGUCGCAGUACAGCGCUCUCCCCCGGGUGUGAGAGUCAUUAGCGUGACUACCAGUGUUUCGACGUCCAGUCAGCGUCUUCGCACAAUGGACCCUGAGGAAAUCCACAUGUCCCGUUUCUACUCCCCCAUCUCCCCCCUUCCCUCCCCCAUGUCCCAUCAGCCCUGCGCCCAUCAGCCAGCUCCCCUGUUCUUCCCCAAGCGCUUGCCCCCUCUCUCUCAGUCCCAGCUGCUGGCCCAGCCUCAGGACCUGGUAGAAACGGACUUAACUCCCAGGGGGGUCCCUUCUGAUGUGGACACGUGUCAGCUCCUGUCCCCCCUUUACCAUCCGUCCCAACCCUACUACACACAGGACUACUCCCAGGACCAGACAGACCAACAGGCUGAGAGCCGCCCUGACGAGAGUGUGCGAGGCUACGCCUUCAGCUUCCAGCAGAACCACAGCCGUGCCUACGAACCUAACCUCAACCAUCAGCCGGACCAAUGCGAGAACCACCAUGUUGAUCACCCAGCUAACGUGGACCAGAGGCAGCUACAGAUCCAUAUGGACCUGGAUAACACCCCCGGCAGCUAUCAGGACAAUCCAAUGGACCAUCAGAACCCUGCCAGCUAUCAGGACGACCAAAUGAGCCACCAGGCUAUGUACAGCAACCAGGAGAGCCGUCUCAUGGAACAGCAGUCUCAGGACAUUCAGAGCCAGCUGGCGGAUAGCGGUGACCAUCAGUCAGUCCAGAGCCAGCUCCAGAACCAUCAGCUCCGACUCCAUAUCUUGGCCCAGCUCCAAAGACAAGAACUUGCGUACAGUACCGCAGACCCGACCCCGCAGGAACAAAGCCAGACCCAGUCACACACACACAUGUCCUACACGCCAACACAGCACCAGGAACCAAGCCAAUACAUGCAUGCUCAGAGCCCUGCCAGUCAACAGCCAAGCCAGUGUUUGUACACGCAGCCCCCCCAGAGUCCCCUCACCCCUCUGGAACCCACUUCGCCCUGGUACCUGAGCCCCCAGUCUUACCCCAACUCCAACCCCUCCUAUAGCCUGUACCCUAACUCCGCCCAUCCCCACCCCAACUCUAACCCUCACCCUCAAACCAAAUAUAGCCCUCAGCCUAACCCCACCCCCAGCUACAGCCCCCAAACCAACCACAGUCCCUACUCCUACCCACACCCAAGCCCUCAAUCAAACGCCAGUCCCCAUUCUAACCAUCCUAGCUCUAGCCCCUCCUCUGCUGGUCCCUACUCCAAUCCAAAUGCUCACAUUCAAUCCAGCCAUAACUACGGCCUGAGCUGUCAGCCCAACGCCUAUCCAAACCAUAGCCCCUACUAUAACCCUAGCCCAAGCCCUCUCUCCAACUCCCCCCCCGUCCUCCCGUGUGGAGGGUGGGCAGCAGGUAGGGGGGUCAGUCCAGAGAGCAAAGGACCACACCUGAACCCGAACUACAUGAGACACUUGAAUCAUAAAGGGCCUCUCUGCUCCCCACCAGCUCAGCAAAUGCAGGUGACAUUGACAGAGCAGCUGGAAAACGAUGAGACGUCAAACUGUAGCAGGCUUCUGUGUUCUGUGUGUCACAGGGUCUUCAGGAGUCUUCCGGCUCUGAACGGACACCUGCGUUCUCACGGAGGCCUCCGAGGACAGACCAGCAGGACACCAACACCCAGGAUGAGGGAGGGGGCAGGGCCAUUGUCUCCCGUCGCCAUAGUGAUGCCCGUGUCUGUGCCCAUCAGACACCCUGCUCCCGGCGCGGAGGAGUGCCCGGAGGCGGAGCAAGACGUAAGGAGAGGGUGGAAGAAAAAGAGGCAUCAGCAUCAACCCUCACCUCUGGUCGUCCCGUGCCAGGCCUCCAGGGGGUGCACCGGGGUCUUCCGGAGUCUCCUCCGUUCUACGGGGGUCAGUGGGGCCUACACCCCAGCGCCCAUGCUGUGCCCUGAUAGGGCAGGAACUGGGCUGUUCUGCUCUCUAAUGAGGGGCAACGGAGACAUGGUGACGCCUGAGAAGCAGCUGGUCAGGAUAAAACCGAGAAUCAACAUAGGGGUGGGAUUUCAGGCUGAAGUUCCACCUCUUCAUGACCGAAGACACGCCCACUCAGACCGGCACAAUGCAGUGAUGUUGUGGACCCCAUGGGAUGACCUGGAGAACCCCUCCACCCAGCAUAGAGUGGAUUGUCUGUUGAAGAUGUCAUGUUCCAGUGUGUGUCCGGGGGGCGGGACUAACUCAGAGUACGCCCUGCACAGCCUAUCAAAGAGCAAAGGAGACUUCCUGGUGACCCUGGAGAAGAUGCUGCUUCAGCCAGGGCUCAUACGACAGACAACCAGCUCUGUUACACCUUACCACUACGCAGGGAGUGAUAUUUGGAGUCCUUUAGAGAAGAGGUUGGUGAAUAAAGCCUUUAGGAUGUACAAGAAAGACUUCCACAGCAUACAUGCAAUGGUGGGGACUAAGUCUGUGUCUCAGUGUGUGGAGUAUUACUACACUUGGAAGAGGAGGCUGCGUCUGAAUGUAAGGACCCCGGUCGGGCUGUCCACUUCACUGCCUGAGGGAAAAAUAAGAACCCCAGUUAGGUGGCCCAGCUACCUGCCUGAAGGAAAUGUAAGGACCCCGGUAAAGAUGCCCAGCACACUGCCUGAGGACAAUGGUGGCAUAAUGGAUAGGGAGGGGCUUGAAGUGAACAGCACCCUCACCAAUAAAAGGCUCUCAAUCACCAGAUCACCUGAACACUCAGAGCCCACAGCCAAUUCUAAUUCCUCUCUCAUCAGAGGGGGCAACAAGGAUGAACAGCCCAGCCUGAACGGCCAGACGGAUCUCCACACCAUUUCCGACCAGAACGACUGUCAGCAGAUCGCCAGUAGCUCUUUCUGUCCGGUGCUCCAGGCUGGUCCUGGUUCUAGAGGCUGUAGCCCAGUCCAACGAGAGCCAGACAGGCCCCACAGGACUCACAGUUCUGGGCCUGUCUGUUUGAGGGCCUCCCCCUCUUCAGCCAGCUCCAGCCCCACACCUAACAACUCCCUCCGCCCCCCCUGCUUCAAGCCCCACCCACAGCCAACCACCCUUUACCCGUGCAGGGAGUGUACCAAGGUUUUCUCUAAAGUGAAGAGUCGUAAUGCCCACAUGAAAACCCACCGCCAGCAAGACGGACACAGACAUCUGGAGCAGCUGGACUGACUAUAAAACCUGAAGGACUUAACUGCCCCUAGACUAUCUCUGCCUAUAACCUGGAGGACUAGAUAUUUACUGCCCCUAAAUGUUCCCUGACUUAAUAACCUGGAGGACUAGACAUUUACUGCCCCUAAACAUUCCCUGACUGUAUAACUAGCUCUCUACUGUCCUCUAGUGUCUGUCUCACCACCGAGAGGGGUAGCAUUGUACUACCCUCUAGUGUCCAUCUCCAGACAUAACGCAUGUACACUUUAGUAAUGUUGCAGUUUUUUCCAGAGCAGUUUACAGUUGUGAAAGCAGACCUUUUCAUAUAGGCUUCUUGUGGUUGUCAAACCCACAACCCUAGCAUUGCAAGGGACAUGCUGUACUGACUGAGAUUCACAAGACUGUGGGUUAACAAAAACCCUCCACUAGCCCCCCGUCUCUCCAUAUAUUUCUAAUCAAAUAAAGCCCUUUUUACAUCA